CAUAUACUAUGCGACCUCAAACCUCACAGGAGUCACUCAAGAGCCCGACUGAAGUACCAACCGGUCGUGGACUACAAACCAGAGUAAUCUGUUCUCUCUGUCAGAAAAUCUUCUCCACCAAAAGCCACCUGCGGCGACACGAAGCCAGCCAUGCACCGUCGGCCAAAUUGACCUGCAACUUUUGCGGCGGUGCUUAUCGGAGAAGAGACGUUCUGCGUCGCCAUUUCCAGACAUGCAAACAGAAGGGGGACUACCAGGUCCCCCUCCGACGCAAGCCCGGAAGGAAGCGAAAGGCCUGUAACGCCUGCGCUGAAUGUCGAUCAUUCUGCGACGGGGAUUUCCCGUGCGAGGCCUGCCUGCAAAGGGGUAUCGACUGCUCCUCCACCCGGAUACGCGGGGAUGACAGUAAAUCCAAUCUACCUCGCCAGCCCUUAACUCUCCAAUCGCCUGAAACGCUUGAUAAUGCAAGGAAAGCGGGCACGGUUGGUCGGUCGGUCAAGUUGUCAAUACCAUUUCUGUUGCAUUACACGAAUGUAGAAAGCGAAUCGAGAUACGAGAGUCUCCGGCUGCUGUCCCAGUGUAACCUCGCGGACACGAAAGACGGCUGUUGUGCUGUGGACCACCAAUCGCACAACCUGAACCUCGCCACUGAAUCCUGGGAAAGCUUAUUCAGGUCUUUCAUCAACACUGCCACGUUGGACAUGUCCAGCAGUGCACAAGCCGCUCUUGCGGACCGUUUCGACUACACGGAGCUUCAAAACGUUGCGACCAAGUUACUAACCCUGCUCGCAGGGUGUAAACACUCCACGCCAGAGGAAAGGGUAGAUCCUGAUAAGGCGAAGCAGUUCUUUACGCCCACGAACAUCGCGGAGUUCAUCGAAGCCUUUUUCAAUAGCCCGUUCCACAGCCAUUUUCUCAGUCCAGCAUCAUUCCGGCUAAACCAAGCCUCAGGGCUGCUUGUUCUUCCAAUGGUGCUAUUGGGGGCAGUCUACACCUCCCACAGCAGAGCAACCGAGCUGGAGAUAUACUCAAGCAAUGCGGAGCACCUGAUAUUCGACGGCCCGGAGUUCCAGACCCUGAUGGAUAAACGAAACGACUCCCUCGAUGACCAUCGAACCCUGGAAAUGCUUCAAGCGGCUAUGCUUGUCCUGAACCUGCAGGCUUACAAGGAGGACCCGGACAGCAUCCGCCAGACUCGCCUGCACCGCCUACCGCGGCUCUUCACCGCCAUCCGCACGAUCGACCUGAAUCAGAUCACGAACGACUGCGUGCCCAAUACCUCCAACUGGGAGGCGUAUUGUCUCCGCGAGGGCCUGGUCAGAAUUAUGGCCGGCAUCUACCUCCUGGACUGUUACUGCGUCAUCUUCUUCCGCUAUCCGACGCAGCUGCAACCCGACGAGCUCACCUUCGAGAUCCCCCAGCGGGACAACCUGUUCCAUGCUCGCGAUGCCACGGAAUGGGCGCAACUGUCAUCCCAAGACGUGCAGCCGCGCGCUCCUGUCCGGCUUCGAACCGCUCUGCGCGACUUCAUGCGGGCCGAUGGCCUGGGCCCUCUUCACAAGGACUACGUGCCCCAGACUCUGUUCGGAUCGUUUCUCGUUCUGUCAGCUCUACAGACCGUUCUGUUUGACCUGCUAGCCCUGCACACGUUCAAUGACGACCUUCGGGCGUUUGAACCAGUGGAGCGGGGUCUAGAUCGGUGGAAGGCUCACUGGGACGCUUUGUGCCGCACGACCGAGCCCGCCAGUGCCCAGCGGGCUGGGUUCAUCAUCCAUGCGGUUGAGUAUUGGUGGGUGGCCAAGGCGCUGGUCAAGCAGCCUUCGGCUGCGCUGACGGACGACAACAAUGACAGCUUCCUUCGGAUGGUGGAUCGCUUGAUGCAGACGGACGGUUCGCCUGCGGGUGGCUAG